CGUGACCCCGCCCCGGGCACCAGGAUGCUCGAGGCUGGUGGCCAAGAAGCCCAGGCUGCCGUUCCCCCCUCUCUUCCACUUGCCUCCCCUCUGCAGCCUGGGGUCCUGCAGUCCCAAAAUUUGAUAGGAUGCUGACUCGUGCUUCCUGGUCCCCGACACUCUUCCGUGUGCCUAGUGAAUCGUCCCUCCUCCUGCAGCAGGACGUCGAGGGAGCCUUCUGACGCAGACCCACAGGGGUCCUUGGUGAAUAUUGUCAUGGUUAUUUAAGGAACCUCGCCUAGAAGUCCCAACACGCAGUUCCCCAUCGACGGGAAGGCUUGGACUCCAAGAUGAUUAUAAAGGAAUAUCGGAUUCCUCUGCCCAUGACCGUGGAGGAGUACCGCAUCGCCCAGCUAUACAUGAUACAGAAGAAGAGCCGUAACGAGACGUAUGGCCAAGGUAGCGGAGUGGAGAUCUUGGAGAACCGGCCAUACACGGAUGGCCCCGGCGGCUCUGGACAGUACACGCACAAGGUGUACCAUGUGGGCAUGCACAUCCCCAGCUGGUUCCGCUCCAUCCUGCCCAAAGCAGCCCUGAGGGUGGUGGAGGAGUCCUGGAAUGCCUACCCCUACACCCGAACCAGGUUCACGUGCCCCUUUGUGGAGAAAUUCUCCAUCGACAUCGAAACCUUUUAUAAAACCGAUGCUGGAGAAAACCCUAAUGUGUUCAGCCUGUCUCCUGUGGAGAAGAGCCAGCUGACAAUCGACUUCAUCGACAUUGUCAAGGACCCCGUACCCCCCAGUGAGUAUAAGACAGAAGAGGACCCCAAGCUAUUCCACUCGAUCAAGACACAGCGGGGGCCGCUGUCUGACAACUGGAUCGAAGAGUACAAGCAGCAGGUUUUCCCCAUCAUGUGCGCCUACAAGCUCUGUAAGGUCGAGUUCCGCUACUGGGGCAUGCAGUCCAAGAUCGAGAGGUUCAUCCACGACACGGGCCUGCGGAAGGUGAUGGUCAGGGCCCACCGGCAGGCCUGGUGCUGGCAGGACGAAUGGUACGGGCUCAACAUGGAGAACAUCCGGGAGCUGGAGAAGGAGGCACAGCUCAUGCUGUCCCGCAAGAUGGCCCGGUUCAAUGAGGAUGACGAGGAGGCUGUGCAGCUGGCCAAGGACGAAGCCAUCCAGGUCCAGGUCGCUGGGGAGCCCGCCCAGCCCAGCAGCAGCAGCAGCGGCAGCGGGGAACCCCUGGCGGGCCGGGGUCUCAAAAAGCAGUGGUCCACAUCCUCCAAGUCUUCGAGGUCGUCCAAGCGGGGAGGGGAACUGAAGGGGCUCGCUCCCGGAAAGACCCAGGUCAAAGGCACAGGAGCAGACCCAGCCAGCCCUUCCCGCCACAGCAUCUCCGAGUGGAGGAUGCAGAGCAUCGCCCGGGACUCGGACGAAGGCUCAGAAGAUGAGUACUUCGACGCUCAUGAGGACCUGUCCGAUUCAGAGGAAAUAUUCCCCAAGGACAUCACCAAAUGGAACUCCAAUGACCUCAUGGACAAAAUUGAAAGCCCUGAGCCAGAGGACACACAGGACGGUCUGUACCGCCAGAGUGCCCCCGAGUUCAGGGUGGCCUCCAGUGUGGAGCAGCUGAACAUCAUCGAGGACGAGGUCAGCCCACCCCUGGCUGCGCCAGCCUCCAAGAUCCACGUGCUGCUCCUGCUGCUGCAUGGAGGCACCAUCCUGGACACGGGUGCCGGGGACCCCAGCUCCAAGCAGGGCGACGCCAACACCAUCGCCACCGUGUUCGACACCGUCAUGCGUGUGCACUACCCCAGCGCCCUGGGCCACCUCGCCAUCCGCCUGGUGCCCUGCCCGCCCAUCUGCUCUGAUGCCUUUGCCCUCGUCUCCAACCUUAGCCCCUACAGCCACGAUGAAGGCUGUCUGUCCAGCAGCCAGGACCACAUCCCCCUGGCCGCCCUGCCCCUGCUGGCCACCUCCUCACCCCAGUACCAGGAGGCGAUUGCCACGGUGAUUCAGCGGGCCAACCUUGCCUACGGGGACUUCAUCAAGUCCCAGGAGGGCAUGACCUUCAACGGGCAGAUCUGCCUGAUUGGGGACUGUGUCGGGGGCAUCCUGGCCUUCGAUGCCUUAUGCUACAGCAAUCAGCCAGUGUCUGAGAGUCAGAGCAGCAGCCGCCGGGGCAGCGUGGCCAGCAUGCAGGACACUGACCUGCUGUCCCCGGGCACCCUGGUCAAUGCGGCACAUGGCGGCAGUGGCAGCGGUGGCCUGGAGAGCAGCCGGCACCUGAGCCGCAGCAACAUUGAUAUCCCCCGAAGCAAUGGUGUCGAAGACCCCAAAAGACAGUUGCCCCGAAAGAGGAGUGACUCGUCCACCUAUGAGCUGGACACCAUCCAGCAGCACCAGGCCUUCCUGUCCAGCCUCCACGCCAGCGUGCUGAGGAACGAGCCCAGCUCCCGCCACUCGAGCAGCUCCACCAUGCUGGACGGCACAGGGGCUGCGGGGAAGUUUGACUUCGAGAUCGCAGACCUCUUCCUGUUCGGGUGCCCGCUGGGGCUGGUCCUGGCCUUGAGGAAGACUGUCAUCCCUGCCCUGGAUGUUUUCCAGCUGCGGCCAGCCUGCCAGCAAGUCUAUAACCUCUUCCACCCCGCGGACCCGUCGGCCUCCCGCCUGGAGCCGCUGCUGGAGCGGAGGUUCCACGCCCUGCCGCCUUUCAGCAUCCCCCGCUACCAGCGCUACCCGCUGGGGGACGGCUGCUCCACGCUGCUGGUUGAGACAGUGCAGAGAAACCCCGAGCUGGUCCUAGAGGGUGGGCCCCUGGCCCCUCUCCCCCCAGGAGACGGCUUCCUGGAAACCAGUAUCCCCGUUCCCGCGCUCACCUGCCAAGACGGGCCCCGCCCGAGCCCGGACUGUGCUGAGUCGGACGCACUCCAGACCCACAGCACAGUCUUUCAAGAGCACGCAGCCCCCUCCUCGCCCGGCACAGCCCCCGCCACCCGAGGCUUCCGCCGAGCCAGUGAGAUCAGCAUUGCCAGCCAGGUGUCGGGCAUGGCCGAGAGCUACACAGCAUCCAGCAUUGCCCAGAAGGCCCCAGGGUCGCUCAGCCAUACCCCCAGCGUCAGGCGCCUGUCUCUGCUCGCCCUGCCCCCCCCACCCCCCUCUACCCUGGGCCCCCACCCACAGGCCCAGCAGGGGAGCCCCAGCCUGGAGUGGGCCCCCCACCUCCCCGACUUGGACAUCAGAGAAGUUGCAGCCAAGUGGUGGGGCCAGAAGCGGAUCGACUACGCCCUGUACUGCCCUGACGCACUGACAGCCUUCCCCACCGUGGCCCUGCCCCACCUCUUCCACGCCAGCUACUGGGAGUCAACGGAUGUAGUCUCCUUCCUGCUGAGACAGGUCAUGAGGCAUGACAAUUCCAGCAUCUUGGAGCUGGACGGCAAAGAGGUUUCCGUGUUCACCCCCUCCAAGCCGAGAGAAAAGUGGCAGCGCAAGAGGACCCACGUGAAGCUGCGGAACGUGACCGCCAACCACCGGAUCAAUGACGCAGUCGCCAACGAGGACGGCCCGCAGGUUCUGACGGGCCGGUUCAUGUAUGGGCCCCUGGACAUGGUCACCCUGACUGGGGAGAAGGUGGAUGUGCACAUCAUGAUGCAGCCGCCCUCGGGCGAGUGGCUGUACCUAGACACACUGGUGACCAACAGCAGCGGGCGGGUCUCCUACACCAUCCCAGAGACGCACCGCCUGGGUGUGGGUGUCUACCCCAUCAAGAUGGUGGUCAGGGGAGACCACACGUUUGCCGACAGCUACAUCACCGUGCUGCCCAAGGGCACGGAGUUCGUGGUCUUCAGUAUCGAUGGCUCCUUUGCUGCCAGCGUGUCCAUCAUGGGCAGCGACCCAAAAGUGCGGGCCGGGGCCGUGGACGUGGUGCGGCACUGGCAGGACCUGGGCUACCUCAUCAUCUACGUGACUGGCCGGCCUGACAUGCAGAAGCAGCGGGUGGUGGCGUGGCUGGCCCAGCACAACUUCCCCCACGGCGUGGUGUCCUUCUGUGACGGCCUGGUGCACGACCCGCUGAGGCACAAGGCCAACUUCCUGAAGCUGCUCAUCUCCGAGCUGCACCUGCGCGUGCACGCGGCCUACGGCUCCACCAAGGACGUGGCGGUCUACAGCUCCAUCAGCCUGUCCCCCAUGCAGAUCUACAUCGUCGGCCGGCCCACCAAGAAGCUGCAGCAGCAGUGCCAGUUCAUCACGGACGGCUACGCGGCGCACCUCGCCCAGCUCAAGUACAACCACCGGGCGCGGCCAGCCCGCAAUGCGGCCACCCGCAUGGCACUGCGAAAAGGCAGCUUUGGCCUGCCUGGCCAGGGGGACUUCCUGCGCUCCCGGAACCACCUGCUCCGCACCAUCUCGGCCCAGCCCAGCGGGCCCGGCCACCGGCAGGAGCGGACACAGAACCAGGCGGACGUCGAGCAGCGGGGACAACGCAGCAUGAGCGUAGCGGCCGGCUGUUGGGGCCGCACCAUGGCCGGCCGGCUUGAGCCAGGGGCAGCCGCGGGCCCCAAGUAGGACACCGUUAGCGAGGCCUUGUGGUCUCCGUGGUGCUAGGCCAGAGCGGCCAGCCCCGCCAGGAGGCCUGGCCUGGGCACACAAUGUCGGCUGGAGACAAGCUUGUCCCAGGGCCUGGCGGAGGACAUAGGCCGUGCCACACAGCCCUCCCAGCCCUGCCUCAUGUCCUAGGGUCUGAGGGGUUCCAGCUUGCAGGAAAACCUGUCCCAGGAUGACAGAGGGACCAGGACUCCCCACGUGGACUGGCCCGAAAGGCACUCCCAGACACUUGCCCUGCAUUGACCUCCCAGCAUCCUGGGCCCAGGCCCCGCCUGCCACCUCCCAUCCACUAGCUCACCCUGACCCCCAGGUCCCCUCCCACUUGGUAGCAACUCCGAUGGGGGACAGCCUGCUUCUUGUUAACUCUAGUUACUCAACUGUUCAACCUCACUGGUCUUGCACUGAUUUUUGAGAGUGGAGAUCCAUUACCGUCUCCUGUGGCUACAGACUCGUGGACAUGCAUGAAAAUCCAGCGUUUGCUGAUCUGGGACCUAUUGCCACACAGAAGGCUCCAGGGUGGCAAAUCCUUGUGCAAGCAGGAAGAGAAAGGCCAUAUCUUAAUUUCUGCAGCUCCGCCUGGCCCGCCAACGCUGUGGCAGCCCCGGAUCCCUACCCAUCUGUCCACCUGCCCCACCUGGAACCCAGUCUGGCAGCGAGGCUGGUGAGGCCCGGAGCCGGCUCCCGAGAAGCCACGCCUCGGGCUCCUGGGCCUGGCCAGGCCCGGCCUCCUCUUCCACUCCUCGCCUGCCAUCAGUCAAGGCCACGUGCCUCGGCUCUCCUGCGUUUCUACACCUUUCUACUUAUCCAAUCUGAUUUCUAUGAGGUUUUUUUAAAUGAGCAAUCCUUGGCUGCUUCCUUUUCUUAACUCUUUCAGUACCAAGCGCAGCCCCUCCACAUGAAAACACCCAGCACUGUGAUGGAGUCCAGCCUGGUUCUGGGUCCCGGGGCCCUGCCCCCUGCCCACGCAGUGAGGUGUGGGGUCCCUGCCUCACCUGACCCCCAUUAAUUCCACUGAAUUUCUACUCUGGGGUGAAUGGGCACACACUUAAGUUUUUUUAAUGCCAAUUCCGUUUUGAUGCCGAAUCUAAGAAGCCACAAUUUGCUUCGUUAGCUUAAGGGCGGGCAGCCACGACUUCAUUCCCCACCUGUCAAGGACCACGAUGUCCUGCACGCUGGGUCUGAGCAUCAGCCCUCCCUCCCCAGAACCGACCACGAUCUCAGCUAUGGCGCUUGGCUCCGGGUGGCCCUUCGACUGCUCCUCUACCUUCUUCUACAAGGCGGGGGAGCCUGCCUGGCCAGGCUCCCACUCUGAGAAGCUGCUGCCAACCUGGAUACGGCCUCAGGGCCUCAUAGGCUGGGAUGGGGAGGCACGCAGAUUGAUGUUCACAUUUUCCCGUGUGUAGAUAUGUACAGCCAAAGGGUUGUGUAAAUGUUCUGCAAAAGUGGGUCUAUACAGAGUGAAAGCUAUUUAUUUUGUGCAGAGAAAAAUUUCUGGAGGAAUCGGACCUUCAGGGUUUGUUCAUAUUUAAGAUGUAGCUUUUUGUUUUUGUUUCAGGCGUUCUGUAUAAAGCAACGAUUAUUUUAUGGACCAAGUUUUAAUGUAAGUGUUGCAAUGGAAGUGCAAUAUCUGACCCCCACUCUGCUCCCCGGCGGGAAAUCGCUUGGCCCGACAAUCACAGCCCCAGCGAGGGGCCCCUGUGGCCAGUGCCUCCUUCUCUGUCGGUCCCACCUCACCCCAUCUUGCCUACUGCCUCGGUGACCAGCCAUCUGGAGAAGCACCUGGAAGAGCCUUGGGCCCACCUGCAAUACAGGCUGGGAGGCCUCCUGGCCCGGGGAGGCCAUGUGGGCAGUGGGCUCGGCCUCUCCCAGGGGGCAGCUCCCCCAGGCUCCGCACUCCCCGCCUGCCUGCCCAGCCGCCAGCCAUGCCAAGGACAACAGCAAUAGUCCCCUGGGCCUCUCCCAGUGGCCCUUAGCCAUAGAUGGUGAGAUGGGCAGCCCCCCCUCCCCGUUGACAUCUCUCUUCUAUAUCCAGGUCUGCUUCCUGCCUCCCUUAAGAUUCCUUUUGGCACAUUCUCCUCUUAAGGAAGCACCAGUUUUUCAGAAACUAAGAGAGGGAGGGCAGAGUCCUUUAAAAAUACCAAAAAUGUUUACAGUGUUGGGUGCUGAGCUACAGGGCUCAGGCCUGACCAGUCGUAACCAAAGGGUGAGGCAGGCCUUGCUGACUGCCACCCCCACCCCAGGCCUGUUAGAGUAGAAGCCUUAGUCCCACUCCCAACCCCACACUGAGCCUCCGCCCACCACCCCAGAUCCAACCGCCUGCCUUCUCUUUGAUUUCUAAAGACGGAUUCAGCAGAGACCCCACCCCCAACUUUCCCAGCUCUUUAUGAGCUGCCCCUCCACCACCCCACUCCCCACGCCCCCCCACCCCACCUCGUUAGUUUUCUCGUCUCGGCCCCUCCUGUCUCUCUGUCUGGGCCAUGUGUGAGCCGUGUCCUGACUCGCCCCAUCCGCCCUUGCUUUCCCCGCACCUUUGGGCCUGAGUGUGCUCUGUAUACAGUGUCGUUGUCUGUUACACCAAUUAAAGAAGCAGGAAGGCUUC